UAAAUGCUCCACCAAAAGGUGAGACAUUCAAUGUACUGAGUCCUCAGAAAUGGGUACUCGUCAUUUACUUUCCUUCUUUGUUUUCAGUACCCUUCUGUUCUGGUUCAUAUCUUCUUCUCAUACCUUAGCGGAUGCCGCUGCUGCUGCUAAAUUUACAUCUCAGAAAGUUACUCUUUCUCUGUAUUAUGAGAGUUUGUGCCCAUAUUGUGCUAAUUUCAUAGUAAAUAAACUAGUGAAUGUUUUCAAUACUGAUCUUUACACUAUUGUCAACCUCAAGAUGGUUCCAUGGGGCAACGCUAAAAUCCAAGGAACUAACCACACCAUCACUUGCCAGCACGGCGAAAAUGAAUGCUACCUCAAUACUAUACACGCUUGUGCCAUCGAUGCCUGGCCUGUGGGGAAACAUUUCAAAUUUAUCCAUUGCCUUGAAACUCAAGCCCCUAAGAUUCAAGACACUGAAGCAGUGUGGAGACAAUGUUCUGAUGAUCUGGGGCUGAGUCAGGAACCCAUUGAUGAUUGCUAUAACAGUGGAAGAGGAAAACAGCUUAUACUGGAGUAUGCUGAUGAAACAGAUGCACUGCAUCCACAGCAUAAAUUUGUACCAUGGGUGGUCGUAAAUGGUCGUGCACUCGAAGGCGAUUAUGAAAAUUAUGCAGCCUAUGUCUGCAAAGCAUACAAAGGCAAUAAUGUACCGCACGCCUGCAGCUCAUAUUCGCAAAUGUCAACUGUGAAGGAGACAUCAAACAAUUCAGGCUGCUAUGCAGAAGCAAAGAAAGUUCCAAAGAUGGAACCACCGGCAUAAUUUAUAUGAUUCUUCCUCUAGUUCUACAUCGCCUUUUGCUUGGUCUACCAUGGCUGAUCUAGUGAUAAUAUUAUACAAUAGUUCAUGGCCUCUCAAUGGAUAGUAUUAUAUUUUGUAUUGUGACUGAAAUACCACUAUAUUCUUCUGGAUAAUAAUUAUGUAUCAUUAUGAAGCAUUAGGUGAUGUAACAAUGGCUACUGCUUUCUGUGGAGAUCUGAAAGUAGUCUGUUUUUGUUGUAUUAUUAGUUCUCACUAUUGAUAGGUGUUUUUUUUUAGUUGAGU